AUGGAGGAGCUCGUGAAGCUGGCAACGAGCAUGGCCUCGUGGCUGAGUUGGAAGGAGACGUGUGACAAGAUCGGCGAGGACGAGCUAAAGCAAAGAGUGGAGGCUGGAGCCAUCCUGUACAGGAGGAACCCGGAGGACAAGAGGUUGCCAACCGGCAGCGAGGGAGGAGGCGGAGGAGCAAAGCCUGCCCCCAAGAAGAAAGCCAAUGAGUGGGAGACCGCCAGCCAAGUCACCGAGAAGACAACCAAAGACGAGCUCAAGGAAAAGGCUAACAUGUUCGUCCAGGACCUGGCCAAGGAGUACGGCACCCUGCAACGCCUCAAGCUCCAGGUCAAUGGCAGCAGCAUCGCAAAGAGGGCCAAGUACUCCAAGUACUUGAAGUCCCUCACCAAGCAAUGUGCGGCCUUGGAGCGGCUCCGUGCAAGCCUGGACGCCAUGAAGAAGGCCAAACUUGAGGAGGCUAAGCCCGGACUGAUUGAGGCUGCGUCGACCCUGCAAGCUUCCAAGAAGCUUAACGUGGACGUCACCGCUGCCCUCAAAAAAGCCUAA